AUGCCUAUGAUAUUUUCAGAGCACAUGGAACAGUACGAUCUCGAAACUGUGUUUCCCCAACCUGGACCCUUUGCUAUCAUGCGCAGCGCAGACGUCGAAGACACCUGGUCUCACCGGGGCAAAGUCUGGCCCAGAGACAUUCUUCCCAGCUGCUUCAACAAACACUGUCGCGUCAUGCUCUUCUCCUACAACGACGGUCUUUCUGUUAACGACGAAGACACGCAAUUCACCAAGCAUGCCGACCGCCUUCUCCGCCUUCUCAUGGAAAAGAGAAAGGAUGACCCUACAAGACCACUAAUCUUCAUCUGCCAUGAUGUAGGCGGACUUAUUGUCAAGGAGGCGCUUGCCAAGGCUCACUUGGACAAGUCCGGCACCAUCAUCUCCAUCGAUCAUUUUACUCGACUCCUAGUCUUCUUCAACACUCCCCAUCACAACGUUGCCAAGUCUGUGCGCAACAUAGCCAGUGCUGCUGUCCGUCCCACUCCUCCCGACGUCUUGGAUAUGCUUGACAAGGCCUGCAACGAGCACGUAGCGCGUAUCGCGCCUCUUGAAGAGCGAGGACGCCUCUACCGCAGACGCCUAGUCAUCAAUUUCCAUGGAUGCAACUGGUACCGUGGAAAGCAACUUGUAAGCCCUUUCUUUGCCCCCUCCCUGGCCAAUAUUCAACAUCAGUCAGUCCAGCAGCUGACACGUAGAUUUGUUUCUACCUUCAAGCUGGUCGAGAAGGAGGAUACCAUGUGCAACGUCAGACACGAAUACUGGGAGAAGCAUUUUUCCAUUUACGGCGACCACACCUCUAUUUGCAGGUUUCCCGACAGCGAAGACGUCACUUGCGAAACUGUGCUGAAGACGAUUGGCCUCAAUACCUAUCUUGCUAUGCGUAUGUAUCCUGUUUCCGACAUUCUCAAUAGAGCGAGGUUCCGUUUCUAUGACGAACACCGUCGUACAUCUCGUCCCAUCUAA